UAAGUUGUAAAAAUAAAAUAAGUAAUCACAGUUUCUAAGCCAAAAUCUUGUCCAUUCUUAAGCGGCUUCCAGAGGGAGAGAGAAUGGAGUCGCCAGGAAAGUGGCUAGAGAAUGCACUAGUUGAUUUGUGCAAGAGAAUAGAAACAGGUUUAGAUUUGGAUAGGGAAAUAAUCUCCGGUUUAGUUUCUUAUUGCGAGCUCGCUCAGCCCCUUGAUGCCAAAGAAUAUCUCGAUAAUAUCAUUGGGCAAGAGGCUGGAAAAAGUGUGAUUGAGGAAUAUUUACGGCGUAGAGGUCACUCAGAUCUUGGCAGUGGGACACCAGCUGUUCAAACUUCAAAAUUUCAUACCUAUGUCAAACCAUCGAGUGACAAUAGUUCUAUUGGUGGAGCCAGGAAACCACUUAGAUCAGCUAAAGACACAGUAUCCAGUUAUCAAGCUGAACCUAGAAAAGUUACAGUUUCCAAUUAUCAGGCAGAACCAAAAAAGAAUUCUACUUCCAGUUACCAAGGGAACAAGGUUUCAACAGAGGCAAGCGAGUCCAGCCAAAAGGGAAACCAAGGUAAUUCUAGAAAGAAGAAAACUGGGAAAGUCAUUUCACUUGCAGAGGCUGCUAAGGGGUCAAUUGUAUUCCAACAGGGGAAACCAUGUUUGUGCCAAGCCCGUCGGCACAGACUGGUGAGCAACUGUUUAUCUUGUGGCAAGAUAGUUUGUGAACAGGAAGGAGAGGGGCCGUGCUGUUUCUGCGGUGCCCUUGUGCUAAAGGAAGGGAGCAGCUAUGCUGGUCUGGAAGGCAGUUUGGCUCCACUAUCAGAUGCUGAAGCAGCAGCUGAAGCUUAUGCAAAAAGGCUUGUUGAAUAUGACAGAAAUGCUGCGGCACGUACAACUGUUAUUGAUGACCAAAGUGAUUACUAUGAGAUUGAGGGAAAUAGCUGGCUGUCAAAGGAGGAAAAGGAACUUCUAAGGAAGAAAAAAGAGGAGAUAGAAGAAGCUGAAAAGGCAAAGCGAAAUAAAGUGGUUGUGACUUUUGACUUGGUUGGUCGCAAGGUCUUGGUAAACCAAGAUGAAGUUUCAGAAAUAGAGUCAGAAAACAGGAUAUUGAGACCACCAGAUGAAAGAGAAAGAGAAGUGAACCGAAUUAGACCAAACCCAAAUCUUAGAAUACAACCUAUCUUUAUGGAUCCCGGCCCUAGUAAAAAACCUGUUAAGGGUAAGCAACCAGACAAGAGCCUUCCCAAUGCAUUAUGCUUGGAAGUCACUGGAAGGGUGCAACAUGAUAGUAAUGAAUUGAAAUAUUCUAUGAUUGGCAACCAAUGGGAAACAGCCCUCAAAACGGGCAAGGUCCAUCAGUGAACUGCUGCAAAAUGAUAUUGUUUUACCAUUUUUGACAUACAAGAAAUUUGGCUAUUUUCUCUUUUUUAUAGUAAUUACUUGUAACAAAUUACUGCCAUAUUCUCUUCUCCCAAGUAUUGGCUCUUAUGAAAUAUUCGAAUGUUAAGCAGUCUAUUAUAAUAUUACAUUGUCUGCGUAAUCACGAGAUUGAAAAUAUGAAGGAUUCAGAAUCAUCAGUUGAGAUGAGAUA